AUGUCCAACCCCUCCAGCUCCCGUCUCCACCGGCGCACCUCGUCCGCCGCGCUCCACACAUCCUACACCCCCCUCGUCGGCGGGCCAGGCGACAUCGCCUCCUCACUCGACCCGGCGCCGGCCUUCUCGAGCGCGACUGCGCCGCACAGUCGGAGCGUCUCUCUCGGAUACGCUGAAGUCGAUGCAGAAGACGUGGACGAGAAGAAGGACGACGAGGGAGAGGAGAAAGACGGCUUGAUCCCGCGGUACAACAACCCCUCGCGACUCGGCUCAGGCGCGGGAGGGUGGCGCUCCGUCCCUUCUCGCAAGCGCCGAGGGGGAGGAGGGUGGUGGAAGUGCAAGCUUUUCCUCGUCUUCCUCGUCGCGACGGCGGUGGGAGGACUGGUCUGGUACUGGUUCUUUGCGCCGCCUUCGACGAGGGACGCGAUGGAGGAGGUUAAGGGGUGGUGGAGUGCGUUCAGGAGUGGGACCACGAGUGCAGCGGGCCCGCAAGAAACGGGAGUCGGAUGGAGCGGCCUCAAGGUGGACGAAAUCAACUGGACCACAACUACGCCCGCAGCGUCUCACUCUCACGCCCGUUCGACUGCCGCCGCAUCGACCAGGUUCCGCGUUGCCGCCGCUCGUCCAACCUCUCUCUCGACAGCAUCACACUUCGCCCACGUCGAGCAGGCGAUCAAGAACGGCUCGUUGGGCGCUUACAAGUGGCAUGCGGUCUUGCCGCGCAUCGAGGGGGAAAACGGACGAGUGAUCGUCGUUGGCGACGUCCACGGCACGCACCGCUCGCUCCUCUCCCUCCUCUCCCACCUGCACUACACCCCCUCCUCUUCCCCCCGCUCCAGCGAUGUAUUGAUCCACACCGGCGACCUCCCGCACAAAUCGUCCCUCGCCUCCUCCCUCUCCACCAUCUCCCUCCUCCGCCAACUGGGCGCAAAGGGUGUGAGGGGUAACACGGAUCAGAGGGUGAUCGAGUGGAGGGUUUGGAUGGAAAGUGUUGGGCCGCUCGACCUCUCUACCUUCGAGCAGGAGGAAGGGGGGAGGAAGGCGGGCGCGUAUAGGGUGCCGGACCGUUUGAAAGGCGGGCAGAAUCCCUCGUUCGGACAGGUGAGGAGGCCCAGUCGGCCUUUGACUGCUGACGAGGAGUACGGGGUGCCUCAGCCGAGGGCGAGGGAGAAGCGCGCGGCGGGAAGUUCGUGGUUUGGCUGGUUGACGGGGGACGAGGAGGAGGAGUUUGAGAGUGCCGAAGCGGAUGCGGAGUUGUUGCAGGAGUUGAGCAGCACCGCGAGGGUGGAGGAAGAGCAGACGAGCGCGGUGAAGGAGACGACGGGACGGAGGAGACCUUUCGGGCGGCCCACCUCGACGGGGGCUUCAUCCGCUUCGGCCACGACCGCGACACGCUCCUCCGCCGCCUCUCGCCCAUCCACGACCUCCUCCUCCUCCUCCGCAUCCGACGGCUCCCUCCUCGGCCCUCUCUACUCCCAUCUCUCCCCCUCCUUCCCCUCCUCCCGCCUCUACGCACUCAAUCUCCCCCUCCCUCCCCCCUCCUCCGGCCUAACCUGGGGCUCUCCCGAAUUCGAACUCGCGCGCCACUUGCCCGCCGCUGAUUUCCAGUACCUCAAGGAUUUGCCGCUCACGUUGUGGGUGGAAGAGUUGGGGAGUUGGGUUGUUCAUGCGGGGAUGGUUGCGCGCUCGAAUUCGUCUACUCUUCAGCAUGCAGCGGGAGGGAAAGGAUGGUCGGCGCACGACUUUCCCCCAAACGCCAUGCUCGACUCGUCCAACCCUCGCGCCUUCGCUCCCUCUUCAUCACGCAUCUCCCGCCUCCUCCGCUCCUCCUCAAAAUGGUCGAUCCUCCUUGAGGAACCCAAUACCGAUCCUUGGACGCUCAUGAAUCUCCGAACGCUCGAACCCGAGGAGGAGGAGGGACGAUGGAGGGUUAGUGCCAAGGGAGGGAGGAAGGCGAGUCAGGGAAGCAGGCCGUGGUGGAAGCUUUGGGAGGAGGAGAUGGGCACUUGCGCGAAGCGGGCUGGAGAGAACGAGGAGGAGGACGAGGAGGAAGGCGGAUGUGAGGCGGCGGGGAUCGUGUAUGGGCAUUGGGCGGGCCAGGGCCUACAGGUUCACGAGCACUCGAUUGGCCUCGACACAGGCUGCGUCUACGGCCGCCGCCUCUCGGCUCUCGUCGUUCCGCUCGCCAACUCCUCCCGCUCCUCUACCUUUGCCUCCAGCUCUUCGCACGCAUGGAAGUCGUCUCUGUCCGCCUCGACCACCGCCACAACGCGCGGGUCAAACCCCAAGGCGAAAGGAAAGGCGAAUUGGCAUGGCGGGAUGCAGAAGGUUACCGUCUCGGCGCCAGCUCCGUCCGCGACGUCAGCUUCAUCGGCUUCCUCUCGCUCCUACGCCUUGCAGGCGACUUCGGCUGCCGGCGCGAAGGCGACGCCCUGGGCUUACGACGGCUACGAAGAAGACGAGCUCGCCUACCCCGACUCUUCUCCCUCAGCCUCCUCCGCCUCCGCCGACUCCGACUCGAAGACGAACUCCAACAUUCCCUGGUGGAAACCCUGGAAGCGCGCCCCGCCUCAAGGACGACCCGGUGUCGCUCCUUGGGAAGGAAUGGAAGAGCUCCAGGUGGACUUUGACGCGGACGAGGCGGAUGAAGAGGAGAAGAUGGGAGGGAUGACGGAGGUUUGGACGGGUGGGAAGAAGGCGAGACCGACUGCGUCUAGGACGACGAGCCCGAGCGCUGUUGCGACACCAAGUCUAACGACGCCGUCGCUUUCGGCGCUACUGGCGGAGGCCGCGGACGAGCUCGACUCGAGCGCGUUCCAUGAACGGCGGGUUACGCUUCACAACGGACGGACGGGGCAGAUCGUUAGCGUUGACUGUGCGGGAGAGGUCGAGGUGGAUUGA